AUGCCUAAUGAAUUAUUGCAAGCACACUAUUUAGUUAAUCAAAACAAUGAACUGGAAGAUACUUGCGACUGCAACUGUGAUCUAGAAAUAGACAUUAUUAAACACUUCAGCACCCAAUUGGAGUCACUGCAACAGCUAGUGAAGCAAAGUCAGGCACAAAUUUUGAAGCUGCAAGCUGAGAAAAAGAGUCCAAGCCGACCCACCAAUUGCAUGGAGGCAGCCGCUGGUUCGCGUAAAAGUGGCAUAUAUACCAUUAAAUCUCAGCUAGUUGGUGAUGAGUCAUUUAUGGUGUGGUGUGAUGAGGAAACGGACUUUGGCGGUUGGAUUGUCAUUCAGCGACGCCUAAGUGCGGAAGUGGAUUUCUAUCGAGAUUGGCAACAAUAUAAGCAAGGAUUUGGUGAAUUGUCGGGCAAUUAUUGGAUAGGUUUGGAUAAAUUGCACGCUCUAACCGCAAGUUGUGAACAAGAGUUGUAUAUAAAAAUGGAAGCAUCCAAUGGCACAAAGUACUAUGCAAAAUAUGUUCUGUUCGUCAUUGGUAGCGAAGAGGAAGAUUAUGUUUUGCGAACCGUUGGUGCUUACAAAGGGAAUGCUAGACACGGUUUAAGGUAUCAUGAAGGCAGUAAGUUCGCAACAUUCGAUCGAGAUAAUGAUGCAGACCCUGGUAUUAAUUGUGCCGAACGUUGGAGAGGAGCUUGGUGGUACAAACAGUGUUACCACAGCAAUUUGAAUGGCGACUAUUCUCAGCAAGACAACGGCCAAGGCGUUACUUGGAUCGGCAUAAAAAGGAAUGAGUCCUUGAAGUUUGCGCAAAUGAUGAUACGGCCAACGCAAAAAUGUAUUAAGCGGUUGGCAAUGAAAAAUUUUUCGUUUUAA